UAAAGACAUGGUAAUGAUCAAUAAUGGCACGUAACAAAUCGGCAAGAAAAUGGGCAGUGAGGAACAUGAAAACAAAAUCCACAACCAACCAAUAACCAUAUCCUCAUCCUUACACUUUUCUCUUCCUUCAUUGGCAUCACUCUCAAAUAAUAUUCCCCCAAAUACUUUCUCAGUCUUUCACUUCACACUUCACACUCUUCCCACCUUGAUUUCAAAACCCUUUUACUUCCUUAAACCUUCACUAUGGCCACAGCGCUCGAAUUCCUCGCUGUCCUUCCUCGCCCCUCCUCCUCCGCCACCGCCUUCUCUCCGGCCACCGCCCGCCGUGCCUCCGCUAUGUUUCCCCACUAUUCCGGGAUCAAGCCCAGACCCAUCGCCGCCGUUCGCUGCGCCGGUCCACUGAAGCCCAGAACCCUUACUCGCAGCGGGCGGGUUGUGUGCGAGGCUCAGGAUACCGCCGUUGAAGUGGCUUCUAUUACCGAUGCUAAUUGGCAAUCGCUUGUCCUUGAAUCUGAAUCUCCUGUGUUGGUUGAAUUCUGGGCACCAUGGUGUGGUCCUUGCCGAAUGAUCCACCCUAUAAUUGAUGAGCUGGCGAAAGAAUUCGCUGGGAAGUUAAAGUGCUACAAACUGAACACUGACGAGAGCCCUUCAACCGCCACUCGGUAUGGGAUUCGGAGUAUCCCCACGGUGAUGAUCUUCAAGAAUGGCGAGAAGAAAGACACAGUUAUUGGUGCUGUGCCCAAGUCAACAUUAACCACGAGCAUAGAAAAAUUCUUAUGAGGUGUAAGUAAAACAAGGCCUCUGAAGAAUUCCUGCUAUGGCCUUCUCUUUGAAAUCCAUGUCUCAAGUUUCGAAAGUUUGCUUCUUUAAAUGCACUCACUUACCCUGCUGUAUAGUUAUCGGAUGCAACUUAUUUUCCUUGCCCUUUUAUUCUCCUAGUUGUCAAAGCGCCUAAAAUUUUCCGACAAAACUUUAUUUUUUAUUUGAUAGAACCACGAAUAUCUUUUUAGAAAAAUGCUAGAGCCAUUAGAAUUUA